ACUUAACAUGUCAAGUGCAGUGUUGUGGUUCGGUUGAACUGUUGUGCGUAAUUUUGACAUUUGUUUAUCUAUAUACUGCUGAGUUUCAUGUGCUUCAAGACAACGGCAUGCUGUUCGUUACAUGCUGCAUGAGCUUUAUGUUGCCUGCUUGGACGGAACUGUCUACUAACAAUCGGAAAUCACGCUACCUUUGUUUUGGCUUCUUUUGACGUUUUCUACUUGUUGUCGGGUCUUUAGACGUUUACACACCUAAAAUGCGAAGUUCUGAUGAAUUAAAAUGUUUUGUUGUGAAAAAGAAUUACAUGGCUGCGAAAGUUAACAGGAGGGAACAUCAUCAGAAUUUGAGGUUAGGAACUCUUGUGUAUAUUGACUAUGUUAUCAAAGAUGAGUUAGUGGCAGUUCGAAUCGACAACAGUGAAAGGCUUCAUGGCUCGCUUGAAGAGCACCUGUGGGAAUGCCCAUUGGCAAACAUAGUUCCCUUCGACAACUCAUUGAAACCAUUCAUUUUGGCCAUAUCCUCUCCAACUGAAAGAGUUGAGGUUGCUCAGAAUGAAGAUCUAUGCCAGAAGCUCAUUGAUAUUAAUGUGGGUAGUUUGGUUUACUUACUACCCAAGAAGUCACCACUUGGCGCCAAUGGCCAUGGAACACAGCAUGUCAAGGAAGCCCUUGUGAAGUAUAGAGGACCUGUCCAUCAGAUGGGCUUUGGAACUUACUUUGGACUUGAAAUAUUGGAUGCAGAUAUACAAGACCCUGACACCUGUGAUGGAUCUUAUUCAGGAUCCUCUCGGUACUUUUCCUGUCCACCUGGAAGGGGUAUAUUUGUUGCUAUAAAUAGGCUCCGUCCUUUUUCCGAUUUUAUUCAAAAUUAUGCACAGUCUGACUUUGACUCAAGUUACAUUCAGUCUCCAAAGGAUUAUUUACCAUUUCGAACAUGUGGCGUUCAAGAAGUUAGAGCUAAAUUUGAAAGUAUGUCUCAUGGGACUCAGCUGUCUCCACGUGUUGAGUACACUGAAAGGCUAAUUGAUUUGAGCCCUAAUAGAAGUCCUGUUUUAAUGGAUGAACAACCUCUCAAAGUUGGAGAGAGAGUCGUGUGGUUUCGUGACUCUGGUCAAGAACAUGGUGUGGUGAGGUGGCUUGGUCAUUUGGAUCCAAUGAAAGAUGAACUACAUGCUGGUGUGGACUUUGACAAUCCUGUUGGAAAGACAAAUGGAUCAUACAGAGGAAAAAAGUACUUUGAAACAAAAAAAAAUCAUGCUGCGUUUUUACCUGUGUUGGGAUUAGUAAGAGCUGAUGAUUUGUAUGAUAGUCUGUCAACCAUUGAUUCUAAGAAGAAAAAGAAACCUCUUGCUAAUCAAUCAGAAAGUUCUAAGAAUUUAGAUUCACGUUUGGGUUCAGGAUUAUCAAGUGCAUCAAGCAGUGGAGCCCUAAGACCUGACCAGCUUUAUACAGCAGCCAAAAACAGCAGCCAAAAUUCAAUGCUUGAUACUACUGAUAAUGUGAACUUAAAUGGGUCUCUGUUGAGUCCUCUGAGCAUUGAGCCUACAAUCUCCUGCUUGAAGAAUGAAUCACAUGCUCAAGGCAAAAGAGACAACUAUUUAAAGGAUUCUGAUCUCACAAGUUAUGGGAAUAAUUCCUCUAAUUUAAAAUUGGAUAAGUUUAAUAGUAGAGAAAAUGAUCAGCUGAGAAUGUUGAACGAUUAUGUUGAUGCAAAUGGAAGCAAGUACAAAAACCAAACAAGGUCCCCUAAAAUAAAUAAUGGUGAUGGUGAUAGUAUUCGCCUAGAGUAUGAUCGAAAGAAGACUCAAGCAUGGACAAAUAGAUCAAAGGAGGAUUAUGAAUCAAGUUCUAGCCCAAGCAUAAAUGAUCGAAGUAGCAAAGGAAUUAGCUGCAAGGAACAGAUUUUCCACUCUCAUCAAGACUCAAAUGAUAUUGACCCUGAUCGCCUACUUCAUCAGAGCCCAGACACCCAAAGUGUUGGUGGUGCAGAAGGUUUUUAUGACACACCAGAAGCAUAUGACUUUCAGGACUUACAAGAUGAACCUGAACAACCAGGCCCAACAGAUUUAGGUGUUGGGUCUGUCGUGGAAGUGGCGGUUCACGGAGAGCCCAUGUAUGGAGUGAUUCGUUGGCUUGGUACUUCCCCUGAAAGCAAAAGGUCUCGAAAAAUAGCAGGAAUAGAAAUGGAAGAGGAACGGGCAGAUUUUACUGAUGGAACAUUUCAUAACCAACGAUAUUUUACGUGUAACCCUCGCAGAGCAUACUUUGUCAACAUUAAUCUUUGUCAAAAAGAUGGACGGUUUCAAGAACCUUCUCAAAGUCCAAGUGAUGACUCGAAAAGUAAAACGUUUGGACAGCCGGAUUGUCCAGUUAUCCCAGGCAUCAUAAGACCAGUGGCAGUCAGUGGAGACCUUCAAAGCAAGUGUGGAAAAUUACAUGGUAUUCAGGGCCAUCAUAACUCCUGCUAUCUUGAUGCCACACUUUUUAGCAUGUUCACUUUUACCAGCGUGUUUGAUAGCUUGCUAUACAGACCUCCAACAGAUAAAGACUGUGUUCAAUAUGAGGAAGUCCAAAGAGUACUUCGUGAAGAGAUUGUAAACCCACUUCGUGCCAAACUUUUUGUCCGUGCUGAUAGGGUUAUGAAACUGCGAACUUUGUUAGAAAAUCAUACCUCUGUAACGGGCUUAACUAGUGAAGAAAAAGACCCUGAAGAGUUUUUGAACUCACUCGUCGCUCAAAUUUUACGAGCUGAACCAUAUCUGAAACUGAGCUCUGGGCAGGAGGCCUACCAUUACCAACUCUUUGUUGAAAAAGAUGAACAGCUUAAACUCCCAUCAGUUCAGAAGCUCUUUGAGCAAAGUUUCUUUGCCAGUGAUAUCAAGUUAAAGGAGGUGCCCUCUUGCCUCAUUAUUCAAAUGCCUAGGUUUGGGAAAUCUUUCAAGAUGUACCCUCGCAUUUUACCAUCACAGGUUCUUGAUGUAACUGAUGUCAUUGAGGAUUCUCCACGGCAGUGUACAGUUUGUGGAAAACUUGCUGAAUUUGAAUGCAAAGAUUGCAUGGAUUAUUUUGAUGUUGGCCUGGACAACAUAGCAUACUGUGAGGUGUGCCUCAGAACUGCUCACUGUCAUCAAAGACGCAGUAAUCAUACCUGGAGACGGAUCAGUGUUCCAUCAGAUUUCAAAUCUCUGCAGGAAGCCUGUUCUACCAUUCCUCGUUUGUACAUGGAAUUGUUUGCAGUUGUUUGUAUUGAGACUUCUCAUUAUGUUGCAUUUGUCAAAUGUGGAAGUGGUUUGGAUGCCCCAUGGUGCUUCUUUGACUCUAUGGCAGACCGAAAGGGAGAACAAGAUGGCUAUAACAUUCCCGAAAUGGUCCCGUGUCCAGACUUACCGUACUGGUUAUCUGACAAGGGGGCUCAAUCCUUAAUGGAUGUCAAAGACAAUCGUCAACUGCCUGAACACGCCAAGAGAUUACUUUGUGAUGCUUAUAUGUGCAUGUAUCAGAGCUCAGAUGUUAUGAUGUAUAGAUAGAUAGAUGUGCUGAAAGAAAGAAUUAACCUUGAGAAAGGUAACCAAUCUAAUUUAAAGCAGGAUAAUUAAACCUGUCAAUUGUUAUAGUUCUUGUUUCUUUUUUUUAUGAGCUGCGAGGUUUCCUUUGGGGACAACGCUUGAAAUGUAUUACUUUCUCCUAUGUGAUAAUAAGGUAAUUGCUCUUUUGGAUUCUUGUGAUUGUGAUUCAGAAGAUGAGGACCGUCUGUAGGAGUUGUGGCUGCUGAACUUAAGUCACAUUAUGUUGUAGAGCUUGCUCUAAAUGUUAAAUAAUAAAUAAAUUCUAAUAUUAGAAUUUCUUGAAUUUUUCUUAAUGUUUUAUUAAUUUAUUCUAUCUUAGCAGGAUGUUUUCUCCUAUUUUGGUAGUUUUUAUUUGACUUUAUUUAAUCAAGUAUUAUCGUGAAUGAAUGUGUCCCUUGUUUUCUGGUUCGAUAAAAAACGACCACUGAAUGAAUGUUGGGUUUUAUUUGUGUUCAGAAGUGGAAAAAUAUUUAUAGUUUGUCUUGGUGAGUUUGAUGUUCUUAUACUGACUAUUUAAAAUGGUAGAAAACAUUCUGUUAUUCCAACUCUUGAGAGUUGGAGAAAUUGUUUCAUACUUCAUGAAAAAACAACCAAAUUUGUUAUUGCUUUAUACUUUUGAGAAAGCUCGAUGUAACUUUAGGGCUAAAAAUACAUAAAGGAAUGUCAUUUCUUUUUAAUCAGGACUACAGGGAUUGUUUCUAAGUUAAGAAAGAGAUAUGUAUUGUUAUUGAAAACAUAUUUUAUUCUGGGUUGUUCCCUUCUUUUUUCAAUAGUAGUUAAGAAUUAAACAGGGACAAGACAAGUCUUACAUCUAGUACAAUGUUGAAAGGGUGCCAGGGAGUUUUUGACCAGCCUUUAGAGAGACGCCUUCUCCUACAACACAUUGUAGAAAAAUAGCUGUUGCAAAUAUUCAUCCUAAAUCACUGUAGAAUUUGCUCUAGAUUUGAAAUCGGUUUGAUUCCCUCCAAAUUUUCAUUGUUCUUGGAUAGCUUCCUCACAAUUGUGCAUAUCUACUUUGCUGUUAGCCUUUUGCAACCUUUGGCAUUCUCCCUUUACUGGAUGUAAGGUAAAUAAGACUGGUAGCAUGUAUGAGGGCGGACACAUGAACUUAUUUUUAUUUGUCCAUAAUUAAUAUAUACUUUUUGAAUCACUUGUGAAAUGAUUUUGUUUUACCUUAUGUUUGCCCAUAUUUAUCUUUUCUUCUUUCAGUUUUUGACUGUGUGAAGGGAACAAUACUGUGCAACUGAACUCUUACACUGUUUUGCAAAGUAAUAUUUUUUUUCCUGUUAUCUUACUUUGUGUUGGUACUCUCUAAAAAUAUAAUUCAAUGACACAUUCAGAUAAGAUUUCUGUUGAAAUAAACACAUGAGUAAUGUCUCAGUAGUCUUCUGAUCUGUAUGUGUCAUAAUUCCGAUUACUCUGUGCAUUUUAUGAUGUGACCCCCUGUAUGUAAUAGCCCGAUGUAUUGGUUUCCUUGACAUGAUUAGCUUUGCACAUUUCCCCCUUUUUACUUACAGAUAUAGUUGUAUUUCCAAAACCGUAUCCUAAUGUCAAAAUGUAACAUCCUAUUUUGUUGGUGAGAAUAAAGUCUUACCUGUAACUCACAGAA